AUGAGGACAACAGAAGGCAAUACAGUACCAGUGUCAUCGCAUCAGGGCUUGCCUCAGGGGGGAGUGAUGAGCCCCACUCUGUUCAACAUCAUCAUGGCCGAAUUGAUCCCUUUGCUGCCAAAAGAGGUGAAGAUCACUGUGUAUGCCGACGACGUCUGCAUGUGGGCGUACGGACGUUAUCUCAGCCGACUUAAAGCGACCCUUGAGCUAGCACUGGACACAGCUGCAACCUUCUUCCAAGAGAGAGCAAUGGACCUAUCACCGGACAAAACUGUAUACAUCCCCUUCACUAAGAAGCGGUUGAAGAACUUCACCCUCAAGCUACGAGGAGAAGAAAUCCUGCGAGUAAACAGCCAUAGGUUCUUGGGCGUCAACCUGCACAGGACGCUAGCCUGGACCCCAGAGCUAAAAAAGCUGAAAAAUAACACCAAGACGUACACCAACAUCAUGAAGAUAAUCGCAGGCCACAGGUGGGGCAGCACCAAGGCCCUCUUCAACGUCCACCAAGCACUCAUCCGACAGAGCCUGGCUCCCAGCAUCCUCCACCUCAACAGCAUCACCCCUACGCAGGAAAACAAGCUCAACAGCAUCCUAGCAGCAAGCCUGAGAGUGUGCCUCGGUGUUCCCAGGACAACAAGAGCCGCCCUGGUCAUCGCUGAAGCCCGUGAACCCCCUGCAACUGUCCUGAGAAGCCAAGAGAAAGAAAGACAGCUGAUCCGCUUACUGACAAGGCACACCGACCACAGCCUCAUCAAGAAAAUUGAAAGCUGGUACAAAUCUAGUGCAGCCGGCACGCUCAAACGUCUCCAAAGACAGCUUCCAAAAAGAAGACUCCACACCCUGAAGCAAGACAGGCCGCCCUGGCUCCUGCACAGACCCAAAGUCCACGACACAAUCCCAGGCAUCACCAAGAAAUCUGAAAUCGACGCAUCUGUACUGAAGACCCUCACGAUGACAUAUAUGGAGGAACGCCAUGCGAGUAAAAACGUCAUCUACACCGACGGCUCAACGAAAGAAGGACGAUCGGCCAGUGGUGUAGUGGCUGGUAACACCAGGAAAGGAUAUAGGCUAUCCCAUGGGACGUCGUCAACUGCCUCAGAACUGCACGGCAUCCUUAAGGCCGUACGCUACAUAAAGACGUGCACCCCAGCAGACUGGCUGAUGUGCACUGACUCUAAGCCAUCACUGCAGUCAAUCAUCAGAGGAGACACCGAAAAUUUCCUGCUCUACAGAAUAUUGACCGCCACAGACGACGCUACCCAAGCAGGCCAUAGUGUGACAUUCCAGUGGAUCCCCUCACACUGCGGCAUCCCCGGCAAUGAGGAAGCGGACAUUUUAGCGAAGGGAGCACUCGAAAAGACGAGGCUAAGUGCCAUGCCUUUCACGAAGGCUGAUGCCAAACGCCACCUCAAACUGAGGACGCAGCAACGAUCGAACUUGUGGUGGCGCGACAAUAUCAGGCCAGCCGACGACCUCAGCCACAUCGACCCUGACCUGGCCACAACCUUUCCACGAGGGCUCGACAGACGACUUCAAACCUCCCUCCACAGAAUCCGGCUUGGUGCGCUCUACAGCAAAACGACCCUCUACCAGAUGCGCAGUUCACCGACCCCGCUCUGCACAGCUUGCAACACUCCAGAGGAUACUCUUCAUGUCAUCAUGCAGUGCCCUGUUUUCCAGCGACAAAGGGAUAAACUCCAAGCAACCAUCAACAAAAUGGACCGGCGACCAUUCAGUUUUGUCAAGCUGCUUGGCGCAUGGCCCAGCCAACAACAACAGGACAAGGCAACUAAAGCCCUCUGCACCUUUCUUAAGGACACCGGAGUAUCUACCACCUUCUAA